AUGCAUUAUUCUCAGCUCAUCCUCUCCCUCUUUUGCGUCUUCACCUUCGUCAACGCUCUGCCUGUGCCGGCACAGGGAGAAGCGGUCGUCGCGCGAGCCACCAAAAAGGGAAACACAAAGGCUGAGACCGCUGGCAUCAAGCAGAACAUAAAUAUUCAAAAGGAAGAGAAGAAGGACGCCAAGGGUGUGGCCAAGGCCAAGAACCCUAAUGAAUUCAAGAAGGCCAAGGGCGAGCUCGUCAAUACCAUCGAGGACGGAAAGAAAGUCCGCGAGAAGAACCAAAAGAACGCUGACCCGAAAAACAAAAAGCUCAAUGAUGGUCUGAAAAAGGUCCAAGGCGCGCAGGCCGUAGAGGAAAAGCAAGCCAAGGGUCUGAAAGGGAACACCUCCAAGGCUGAUAAAGCUACCCUCAAGACUCUUCAGGGAGAGUUUAGCAAGGGUAUUGAUGUGAACAAGGGCAACUUGAAGGCUGCAAAGGAGGGUAGCAAGAAGACGAACACGGGCAAGAAGGGGGGUAAAUAA